CGCGCAACAAGUCUCACUUCAGCUUUGGAAAGUUGCGCUUUUCAACCGUUCACCAUAUAGGAAGUGAUUGAAAACGCGAUUUAUUUGUUAACAGUGAAUAUUGAUUAUUUUUGUGUCAGUCUUGUGAUGCUGGAUGCACAAUGUUGAACAGUUCGGUACCGCUGUUCCUGCUCGCCCUCAGUGCCACCCUCGCCGCGCCGUCCAUGUACGAUGAUUAUGUUGAGGUUGUGCCUCAGAAGCGUGCAGCUCUGGUGCUCGAUCGGCUGUUGGUAGCCUUGCAGAAGGCUCUUCACGAGGGGGGUGGGCAGCGAUAUGAGCGACCCGACCGCGACGGCCCGCGCACCGCGCCCCUUAGAAUCCCGGACGACGACAUUGACAUGAGUUCAUUGGAGCGGCGCGGGCAGACUACAAACAGCAGAGGACGUGUACUUCGCUGUUAUUUCAAUGCAGUCACUUGCUUCUAACGCAUACUUAAUCAUAACAGUAAAUCUUUGACCAAUUUUAAUAGGGUAAAUGCACCAGUGUUAUACUGAUUUAUAAAUGUACAACGAAAAAUAAUUUCCUAAUACGUUUCUCUAAUCACAUGACAGAUAUUGGUAUAUGAUUAAUUAAUAAAUUAAAUUGAUGUGUUCAUUUUUUGGUGUGGUACAUAGGACUUAUGCAAAAAAUAGUCUAAAAAUGUUUUUAGAUAAUGAUUUUAUAAGGUGUUUAAUAUUCAUUUAAAGUUUUGGCUACUGGUGCCUUUACCCACCUUAUAACUUUAAUACGUGUAUAAGAAAAUUGCAAAAAACUAAUUAAUAUGAUACACAGUUAAUACUUGUAUGCUUAUAUUUGUUAUGUACAUAUAUUAUUGUUAAUAUUAUGGAUUUUUUAUUGUAUCCGUGACUUCGUGGCCAAAUCGAGAUUAAUGAACGAUGAAAGUCCAUGUGUCGUUGCCAAAUAUUGAUGUAUACUGCCUAAAUAUACUUUAA